AUGGACAAAAUUGACAUUUUGUCCUCUGUCGAGACGGAAUUACAAAAAGUCGACGUCUUGAAAAAGGCCUUCGAACAACACCAGGAUGCCUUCUUCACGGACCCGCACCGACUGGCCAUGGCGGCGACGAUCGCUGAUGCCGACCAGUGUCGCCGACUGAUCGACGACGGCGCCGCCAGCAUCGACAAAGAUGCGCUGCAUUACGCGGCACUCAACAAAAAGCACGGCAAAGAAUUAGCUAAGCUGCUCGUGAAGCGCGGCCUCAGCGUCGAUGGACUCGACUCCGAGGGCGACACACCGAUCCACCGCGCCAUCAGGGCGGGAAACCUCGAGGUCGCGGACACACUGCUACAGAUGGACAAUGAAGCUAAGAAAGGACAGGAGAUAAACCUGCUGCAAAUAUGCGUGCAAGAGAACAACCUGGAGUGGAUACAAAAGGUCUGCGAGUACGACGAAGAGCUGAUCCUGAAGGAAGACAGUAAAGGCCGGAGCAUUCUGCACCUGGCAGCCGUCAAUUGCAGCCGGGACACGUUCCAGUGGCUGACGGAGGCCGGCGCCGACCCGUACGCCGUGAGCGGCGACACCGGAGCGACGGUUCUGCACGAGGCCUGCCGCAAUUUGCUGCACGGACGCAAGCUGGUCGUUUACCUGGACGCCCUGCGCGUCAACAUCCACGCCACGGACAGAAUGGGCCUGACGCCGCUGCACUACGCGCUCAGGGAGGAAAACCUGGACGCCGCCUCAGAGCUGAUCGACUCCGGCGCCAAUUUGCGGGUUCGAUAUAAUGGGUCGAACCUGCUUCUCUUCUGCGUGCGGGAAAACAACCUGAGAAGCGCCAGAUUGGUGCACCAACACGACCCCAACCAGAUCGAUGGCGUGGACGAGAGCGGGCAAAACGCCCUCCAAAUCGCGGCGCAGUUCGCCGAAGUCAGAAUGUGCCAGUGGCUCAUAAAUAACGGCGUGCGGUACUCCUAUUCAGACACUGUGAGACAAAACAUCGAAUUGAACAAAGCGCAUGGGCGUAAGCUCGAGCUGUUCUUUCACGAGUUGGAACUGGGAUCGUCUGGCGAAUCAAAUUGCAGUCGUUGA